CCCUAGUAGUCGACUUGUAUUAGCGGCCUCUACCUCCCUAACCCCGACCUUUUGUGCUGCCUAAACCAUUUCUUAUGAGGGAGGUGUUGCUUAUUGUAUGUGUGCCUGUGCUUAGCCACACCUGAAUAGUCUGCUUAUAGGACACGACAGCCGUGUUUAGGGACCAUUCGAGUUGAUUGAAGAUGUGACCUGCUGUGUGUGGAGGACCCUAUUCUUCUAGGCAUGUCGGGCCUUUCUUUAUGCAGUUAGAAUAUGCAAUGGAUUGAUUUGUGUGCUUUUUUCUCUGCUCGUAUGUUGAGGAUGAAGGAAUGCAUAGGAUGCAUCAAUGUGGAGGCCGUAUGGUGCAGCCAACUGUAGCCGAGCUGUGUGACAUAGAGCCCGUUACUGCAUGACCUAGAGCCGUUCAUUCCUCCAUACUGCACUCGCGUAUCGGCACGAACCAGGGACAGAAAUUCUGUGUUAGCUGUAAGGUACACGUGUCCAAAUAGUUCGAUUCUCUACACAACACCAGACAUUUCAAACUUUAAUCAACUAGGGAUCUAGGCCUAGAUGAACAGCAUAGGUUCUGGAUGUGACCUCUCUGGCUAAAACGUCAGUCCGUCAGUUGAAGAAGGGCACAAAGAAAACGGUAGAUCCACUUUUUAAUCUUUGACAGUCGUUGAUGGUAAUUGGUAUGACGUAAGUGGGCAACGAGAAGUGCUCCAUGACGUCAGCAGAAUCUGUGCUUACGUGAUAGUUUGAAACAAGUUUUACCUGGGAGCCCACGUACAUCCUCGCAUACGGGACAGAUGUCGCACACAUUCGGUUAGCUUGCUAGUAUUGACCAAGUUACAUCUAUCUCCAGACAAAUAAAGCUGAUGGUUGGCGGGCUGUGAUUGAUUCUCUGCCACUAGAGCUCAUGGACCGUGUGUAGAUAAAUUCAACUGUUGGAUGGCGAGUCAGGACAGAAUGGCUGCGCGCAGAUUCUAGUUGUGUAGUGGCUCGCGCUACCGCUCUUGGACGCAAUGUUGAUUCGCCAGAGGGCGGGGUGGCGGUUACAUCACCAGGCCUACCUUUGGCCCAGACGACCUUCUGUUCUCCCCACCUCCCCUACCCUGCCGUUACCUCGCCGUCGUAGGUCCGUUGUCUCAUCAGUUUGUCGAGCCAAGCAUACGUCACACGCAUCCCCUUCAUCGACACCAAGAAAAGCCAAAAGGAUUGGAGCGACGAUCUAUUCGCUGCUGGUCAACCAAUCACCCGACUUUGAAGGCGUUAGCCCAGAGUUCGAUUCCCCCUCCGUGUCGUCGUCUCCGUCGUCGUCGUCACCUGGCAGGAACAGUGCGGCUGGUUCCUGCUCGUCUCCCUCCUCAUCACGCCGCAGUCGUAGUGGGAGUGAUAGUCUGGACCCUGUCCUUGAGGACAGUCCUCUCAGCACAUUUCUUCCAGACUCUGGGAGUGGGAGUGAUAGUCUGGACCCUGUCCUUCAGGACAGUCCUCUCAGCACAUUUCUUCCAGACUCCGGGAUUGAGGACAGUCCUCUCAGCACUUUUAUAGAAGACGCUGUACUAGAGGACAGUCCUCUGAACCCACGCGAGGCAGGUAGUCCUGAGCCCCAGCUUUCUGCUGUCUGCUGUGCUGGGAGUGAGACAAGACCACCAACCAGUUGCCUUAGAAGACGGCCAGACACACGAAGCAGCAGUGAGACCAAGUGUUCUGAAUCUUGUAGCAGCACCAAUAACAACCUCUAUUCCACUUUGAAAGGCAGCAGCAACCAUAACAACAACCACCUCCUUCACUUGGGCAGCGCAGUUUUCAAUUCUUUAUGUGCCACCCACCAUUCCCCUGGGGCUGGCAGAAUGGGGGUCUUGUGCACUGAGAAAACUUGUAGUGGGGACAAGUGCCAGUGUGGUGGUGUCACUGCUAGUUCACCUAAACCAGCCACACUACCAUCUUUCCCCCCUUCACCUUGUGAAAACAGCCAGGACAGUAUCAAAAGUAAUGGCAUCUCCAGAAAGAGAUCAUUAGAUAUAUCAUUGCGUGAGCAAGAUGAGUCUGCUGUUACCAGAAGCCAAAGAUCCUCUGGGACCGUCAACGGUAUCAUCACUCACGUCAUCUCAAAGGAGAAGCUAAAUGGGGAGAUAACAGCUGUCCUGGGUCAAAUCAAGCUGGACACUGGGCUCAAUGGGCUCAAGCAGCAGGCUCACCUCAAUGGUGUUAAACCAGCCCUUGGCCUGGGCUCUCAAUCAAACCACCAACCUGCAUCCUCACCUCAAACUACAGCUUCAAGCUCCUGCUUGAAUGGCAAGGGUGCAACUCUGAAUGAGGCUGGGGUCACACCACAGCAAGGCAGCACCAUUAUGGUGGUAGAUGCACUGAAGCGUCCCCAACCUCCAUCAACACUAUCAGCAUCUCAGUGUUUGUCCCCACAGCCUACAGCUAAUGAUCAGCUUAAUCAAUCAACUCAGGGAACUCAAGGCAGCAAAGGCAGCAAUAACUGCAGCACUGAUAAUAAUCCUGGAUCUCCAAAGUGUAUAUUAUCACCACCCAACACUACCGUCCUAAGUCUGCGCCAGAGGCCAGGCCACUCACACAAAUCCUCGUCUUUACCAGCCUCCCCCCAGGCUACAUCCUCAUUGAAAUCAAAGCUAACCACAUCAUCAUCAUUAUCCUCAUUAUCAACUCUGGCCGCUGAUCCCCCAUCACCAUCACAGCCAAGUACUGUUCAAUGCAAAUGGCGAGGCUGCUCAGUCGAGCUUGAUGCCAGUGACCUUCUGGAACACAUACGCAAGCAUGCAGAAACACAGAUAGCUAAAGAGACCUACUCUUGCUUGUGGCUUGACUGCAAGGUCUUUAACAAGCCUUCCUGGUCAGGGUCCUGGCUCGAGCGUCACAUUGUAACUCAUAGUGGCCACCGGCCAUUUAAGUGUAUACUGGAUAACUGUGGACAGCGUUUUCAUUCUCAGGCGGCCCUAGAAAGGCACGUCAAUGGCCACUUUACAGCCAACAGCCAAAAUGGGGCCAAGUGCAGUCGCAGCAGAGAGGAAAUAAACCACCGGAUGUUACAGAAAAGAAGAAGACAAAUGAAAAGAAGAUCUUUACAAGCAGUGAAAAGAAAUGAUUUUUUUGACGAGCACACCAUGGCAGUAGUGAAACAAGAAUUGUUUGCCCUGACAGAGUGCACCCACUUGGAUCUCUCAGGGAACUUAUUGCAUACAACAUUCCAAGGACUGGUUGUGGGUAGACGUGAGACGAAUUCGGGUGCUAAACAUUCAUUGAUAGAGUUUACUCCCAGUGCAGUGUUGGAAGAUGAGUGGGUGCCAGAAGAAGAAGAGGAUCACAUCUGUGAGAUCUCCAUCCCCCUGUCCCAACUCCCCCAUGACACGGUCACAAACCUGCACUCUAGCCUCUACAGGAGGCACAGGUUUCGCAAACACAGGCGCAAGUAGACGACAGCACAGUUUGGGCACAAGAUGAUCACAGAAGAAACAAGUGAAGAUGGCCAUCAUUUUAUUCAACUAACCCACUAGGAUAUUAGUAGCACUUUUUUCAUCAUGAUAGCAGGCAGCAGCAACUUGAGUGCAAAGAUCAUGCUGAUUCAUCAGUUUUACAUAUCUUUUUCUAUUAUAUACAUCAAGUUCAUGCAGUUUUGUAUUUAUAGAGUUAUAUUUAUUGGUCAUAAUGGUGUCAUGAACAGCCAAGACAAAGAGCAGGUGGUUUUUUUUUUAAUUUACUUUCAAAAUUGUAAGUAGUGUAAAGAUUUGUAUUUGAUUGCUUUUUAUUUGAUACUAUUUAAACUAUUUAUUUAUGAACUUGGCAAGACUAGCCAAGUCUCAAAAGAUGAGUACACUAUUGUAUGACUUCUACCUCCUGAGUGAAAUUUGACCACGGUGCCUUCAUCACCCACUGGGCACAGCCAUGCUUAUAGCUAGCCAAGGUCACAUACCCCAUGGUCAACUCUGUCAUCAGCAUCUCAUCAAGCCCAACAUUCCCUACAGGACUAUUUGAGCAGCUUGUCUCAGCUCAGGGCACCUACUUAUCAUCACAAUAGAAACUAAUAUUCCAUAGUUCAAUCCUAUUUAUUAUUUUAGGUCUCAUCCAUGUGUCAACCUAAUUAUUUAUUCAUAAUCAACCAAGAACUAAGUUACAUUUCUAGAUGGUUCACCUCCCAUCUGAUGGCGCAAAUCUAGGCCCACCUACCAAGUGACCACAUGUCAAGUGUUUGCUCAAAGCUGAGCAAAAAAUGCGAUCUCUGACACACAGUGAGCAGAAUUCUUUCAUAAAGAAUCCAAUUUGCUCUGAUAUUUUUUUAAUGUAGCUAUUGCUUAAAUAAAUCACAUUGGGAACAGUUAUAUCCAUGCAAUGGCAAAAUCCUUUAUAUUUUGUCACUUUUACAGCUAAGAAAUUGAACUAAUGUUAACCCUUUACUGUCUAAGCAAUAUGAUCAUUUUCACUUUUUGUAUGGUCAAAUGAAAUAAACAGAUUUCAAAUAUUUUAAAUACCUAUUUUUAAUAUUUUUUUAUUUUUUUAAAGAAAUUUUUUUAAUCCAAAAAAAAAACCCCAGUAAAAUCACACCUUGUCAAAUUAAUUUAAAAUUUUUAUUUACAGUACAGUUUUUUUUAAAUUUCUGAGAACUACUUUUUUAUUGAGUAGUUUGAAUUUUUUUAAAAAUCACAAUACCCAAAUUUCAGUAGAUUUCUUAACUUGAAUGAAAAGUUCUGAUACAUCAAACAGUAAAAUCUGAAAUGUAUUUGGGUACAAGGACAGUAAAGGGUUAAAGCAUGUCUGAAUGUUUUUCAUCAUCAUUCAAAUCAGUGUAUAUUUUUCUUCAAACAUGACUGAAUGGACUUGAUUCACCAACUGAAAAUCGUUGAGCAGAUAUUUUUCUAUGUCAUGCUGAGUGCACAGGGGAAUGAAAUUUCUCUCUUACUAUUUAUUGUAAUAAUAUCAAUGCAAUAAAAUCUCAAAUGGCAUUUUACCCUCAUUUGUGGUGUCAAGAUUGACAUGACUUCUGGGGUGUCAAGACUCUGAUAUAGAACAAGUUAUAAUUCACAAGAGCUGAGUCUUUAUAUGAAAUUUAUAUCUACAAAUGUUGAAAUGUAAUUGUGCACAAGUUUUUACAUUGCAUCACUUGUUUUCACCUAGCUGUGGUUUUUUUUUUUUUUUUAAUUAUUGUAUCAUCAGUUUGUAUUUAAAAAAUUUCAUCUAUAAAUUAUUCUUAACAUUUCAUCCAAAUUUUUAACAAUCAUUUUCUUAGAGAAUUGUAAUGAUUUUAUUUGAGACAUUAAUAACUUGAAUAUCCUUGAAAUAUUUAAAUGGUGCCAAAUGAUGGAUAAAAUCCUGAUUUGCUGACUUGAGCAUUUGACCUAAUGUUGGAAGUGAAUCUGUUGUGAUUGGUUCAUUCUCCUUGUCAUUUGUUCUGUGAACAAUCCUUGACAGCUUGUAAGUGGUGUUUGACCAGACUGUUCUGCCUGAUCAGUUUGCCCCGGGGGGCAACAUGGAUUUGGCGCUGUCUUACUUGCUGACCAAUUUAUUUUCUACUUUGAUUGUUGUGAGUCAGAAAAACAGAACGCCAUGUCAGAAUGUGAUUGUCCUUGAUUGUUUCUCAGUUGAUGGUCUCUUCAUUCUUUGUAUCUUGUACAAAGUUUUUGUUACAUUGACUCAUUAGUAUACCCCUAACUGAUAUACAAAUAUUUAUAUACUUAGCAUAUCGUUGGUCACUCUUAAGAAACUGAUUUCUGAAUUAUCUAUAAAAUGUGUAUAUUGCAAGCUGUUCAAAUUGAAUUUUUAUACAAGAUUUUGAUUCUAUAGAUGGUCAUGACGAAUGUGAUUUUAAAACUUGGAUUGUUUACAAAAAGUGCACAUUUGUUAUUAAUGUACUGGUCAAAAAACUUUAUUUUGUUAAAUAGGUUCUGUGGUUGAAAAUUUUGUGGUACAGUGGAAAGUAUUAUGUGUGGUUGAGUGUGUUUGCAAGUUGUGGUGCAGUAGAAAGUAUUCCUGCUGUCUCACAAAGUUAACUUGUGUCAUUGGUUUCAUGUUGUAAUUGGUGAAUUUUUUUCUUUUUUUUUUAAAUUCUAUCCUGUAUAAGUAUUUCUUGUAGGUAUAGAUAAAAGUGUACAAAGUAAAAUCUCUGAUUUCAAACUGCAGCAUUCCACUGUCUUGUCUUUAAAAAAAAAUGUUAAAAGAAUCAAAUUAAGGGAGCUACUCAAAUGAUGGUAGAAAACACUUCCUUGUAACUACCUGUUCUUUGCAUUCUUUUCAAUAGUACCAGUGUUAACAUAAAAGGAUAGUUGACAUGUUUUAAUAAUGAUAAUUGUUGGAAAAAUAGAAAUCCAAUUACCUUUUAAUAUGCUUAGCAUAUCUCUAAUUUAAUAUAGUUGAAAUUAUAAAUAUUGUGUGUAUAGCAGGUGGUAACUUCAACAUACCCUGUUGGUAUUCUUUUUUUUUUCAAUCUUGAGUUUGUAAAUAUGCACUGAGCUAACCCAAGAAGAAAAGGUUAUUGUAAACUGAUUUUUAUUUUCUUUAAUAUGUAAUUUUACUUUAAAUUUUGUAUUAUAUUGACAAAAAUGGAUGUCAAAUUUCUUAAUCCAUUUUUUUUCUACAUUUGUUAGUCAUUACUUUGAGAACAGCAUUAUAUUCUUUUACAUUCGCAAUUUCCAUUUUAUUUUCAAAUGAAAUAGUGAAUUAAGUUUUUAAAUUUUGACUUUUUUUCCUCUACAUUUUCUUUCUCUUAAAAAAAGAAACAAUGUUGUAAGUACUUGAAUAAAGUAAGAGAGAUUUAGAUAAUGUAAGACUGGUGUCCCUGUCUUCAGUUUGUGAUGGUUGUUGUUUUGGCUUACCUAAUCUAAGUCAUUUCCUAGUUGGUGAUCACAAAUUUUAUAUAUACUACUUAAAUCACAUUAGCUUUAACACUUGAUUCAUUUCUACAAUUGUGGAGUUUAAGAAAAAUCUAAAUCUGGAAUCCUAGUGUAAUUGUAGCCCAUGUUCUGUUGGUCCCUCCUUGAAUAAAAAAUGUGUUUACUUUAAGCCAAUAAGUAAUAAGAUUUUUCAAACUGUGAGUUACUCCCCCUUGCCCACUGAGCACAGAAAUUUUAGCUGGGUGGGUUGUCAUGAUGGCACUUUGUUUAUUUUUGUCUGGUAAAUUACUGUCUUUAUAUUGUCCAAUAAUAAUAUAGUGUGUAUUCCUAUCUUAACUGAUUGAUUAUUCAUCAAUUUGAGUGUUAUUACAAGGGAUAGAAAGAAAUUACAUAAUAUGCAAGCACUUUAAUCUACUUGGUUGUUUUUGUUCAGGGCCAUUCUGAUACUACAUGUUAAUUAGGGGCAGCCUUGUCUUAAAAACAUGAUUGAUAGAUCCAGGUGGUUUGAAACACAGCAGCAGGAUGUACAAACCAUGGAACAUUGUGAUGUGGGGAAUAGCACUACAUCUUGUUGUGGUAUGCCUGACAUAUGAACAUUACCUAGAUUCUAGAGCUCAGUCAAACUGUAGGUAGUGGUCACUUGUCUGGUUCAAGAGCUCAGUCAAACUGUAGGUAGUGGUCACUUGUCUGGUUCAAGAGCCCAGUCAAACUGUAGGUAGUGGUCACUAGUCUGGUUCAAGAGCUCAAACUGUAGGUAGUGGUCACUAGUCUGGUUCAAGAGCUCAAACUGUAGGUAGUGGUCCCUUGUCUGGUUCAAGAGCUGAGUCAAACUGUAGGUAGUGGUCACUUGUCUGGUUCAAGAGCUCAGUCAAACUGUAGGUAGUGGUCACUAGUCUGGUUCAAGAGCCCAGUCAAACUGUA